CUAAUAUAUUUUUCAUGGAUGAGCAAGAUGCGAUCCAGAAAGCCAGACGAGCGCAAGUAAGCCACACUUGUAUCAAGAACAGUUCAGAUGACAUCUACAUCUCAUUCAUGGAGGCCAUUCCAACCGAAGGUUCAGUUACCCUUAAGUUACACAACGAAAUCGAAGUCAACCUUGGCACCGACAUCAUUGACCGUGAACGGAGACAAGGAGUCACUUGAUUCCAUGGACACCCAGGUCGAUAUUCAGCGACGUCGUCGAGCGCAAUUAAAAAAAGGAUGCCUCGCACACGAUGUGCACUACAACCAGGGAGACGGCAUGCCAAGCGGUACACUCAUUGUCGAUGAUAAAUACAAACCCGUCUAUUGUAAUGUACCGAAGGUGGCUUGUACGAGCUGGCAACGGGUCUUUCUUGUUUUGAAUGGUGUCAUGAACCACACCGACGAUCUGUCACAACCACAAGUCAAUAAUAAUGUCGGACCUCGUAAGCUCAGAUCUCUCAACUCUUACAAGAAAAGUCGGAGAGCUGAAAUCACAAAGUUUCUGGUGGUACGUCACCCGUUUCAUUGUGUAUUACUAUUAUCUGACUAUCGAAAUAAACUAUGGGCAGGAUCGCCGACAUCAAAUAGCUCGGAAUCAUUUCAGAGCGUAAUUGAAUUGCAUAUCCUUAAAGAAUAUAGACCAAAUACAAUAUUGAAUAACAAAAGCGGUAGCAUCGAGCGUAAAGUGAUAUCCACAAAACAAGCGCGGAAAGUCAUCUAUGAUCUCCGAUUUGAUGAAUUUGUAAAAUUCUUGACGAACACGACGGAAAUAGCUUCAUUUCUGAAAAACCCUCAUUGGAGAGAGAUCAAUCGACUAUGUGGACCAUGUCAAAUCAAUUACGACGUCAUCAGUCAUUUCGAGUCCCUGGUUGAUGACGCUCUCUAUAUCCUUCGUCUUGUACAUGCUGACCACAUCGUUGAGUUUCCGUCCUCGAAAGGGAGUAGUCCAACCAACAGCUCUUCCAAGUCUCUAUACGAGUCCUACUAUGCUGGUGUUCCUCUGGUUGACUUAGAAAAACUCUACCAAAAAUACCGACCCGACUUUGAAUUAUUUUGAUAUGAGAAACCAGCUGUUAUUUUAUGAAGAUAAAGUCAUUUGAUUUUGUUCCUUAUACUAUAACGUUGUAACGAGGGAGAAAACAAUUGGAACGAUUUUUGUGAAGUCCUCUUAAGGACAAUUUGAGUACCCAUUGGGUAUGUUGCAUCAUUAACUUAAAUCGAAUGUUAAAUAGCCACAUGAAGUACAAGAGGGGGGCUUGGCCUGCAUCUCUCGAGGAUUUCGAAUUGUUUCAAUUCGGCAAAAAAAAACCCUGAUUACCUCAUAUUCGGGCACACUUGACAGAUUGUGUAAAUUUAUUUACUUAUGUAUUCCUGUGACAAACCAGCAUUUUCCACUAUUAAAAAGUGUCAAAAUUAAUGUUUAUAUGCUAGUUUCGCUCUCUCGCAGAAUUUGAAAUCUGGGAAGUUGAUUUUCGGCCAAGAGCUGUCACCCCCUCCAGCACAUUUCGUUUCUGAUCGAAGUCAUGAGCUUUUUCCUCAACAUUCAGUGAGUUAUAAACUUCUGAAAACAUUCAUUGAGUCAAUGAAUAAAUGCACAAUAAAUGCAGACAAACAAUUGAUUCUAUCUUAAACUAUUAGGCAUAGAAUCAUACUGGCGAACAGUAAUUCAAUAAAUACUCUAUAACUGAAUUAUAUUACAA